CCAAUACAUCCCGAAACCUUCCCAGAAUCCACCGGCAAGAAAAAUGGCUGCCUCCAUGCAACAUGUGUACGUUGGUGCCGCGACGGGCGUUUUUAAAGGUGUAAACCUUGCCAAGAAAACAGCAACAAAUUUCCAGAAUGUUGCCAGCCUGUCCAGGGAGGAGGAGAUCUGUGCCAUGUGCUGGGGAAAUCAACAGGAGAGCCAGGUCUGUAUAGGCUUGAAGAAUGGACUUGUCAAAACCUUUGAUGCAGAGCAGGGGGAAUUCACGGACUGUGCCAAUUGUGCAGGAGGGGAGGGCAAGUUCACAGGACUGGCGAAAUACCAGGAGUCUCUUGUUACAUGUGUGGAGUCAGGGUUACUCAGAGUGUGGAAGGAUGAAGACAAGGUUGAUAUAGAGGUAGGGAAGGACGUGUGUCGGAUGAGACAGAACCACGCCCUGCCUCACCAGGUGGCCACGGGAGGGAAGGAGAAUGAGCUUAAGCUCUGGGACAUCCAGGAGCCAGAAAAACCCAUCUUCAAGGCCAAAAAUGUGCGGAAUGACUUCCUGGACUUGAGAGUUCCUGUCUGGGUCACUGACCUCCAGUUUUUAUCAGAACAGAAACUUGUCACAUGCACAGGACAUAGGCAGGUGCGAGUGUAUGACCCUGCCACGCCCCAGCGCAGGCCUGCACUGAAUGUGGAGCUAGGGGAGUAUGCCCUCACCGCCCUGUCUGUCACACCAGACUGCCAUUCAGUUAUUGUGGGAGACAGCCAGGGCAGUAUGGUCAUGGUGGACCUGAGAAUGGGUAAAGUACAGAAAGCAUUCAAGGGGUUUGCAGGAGGCAUCCGCAGCCUGCAGUGCCACCCCAGCCUCCCCCUGGUAGCCUCCUGUGGGCUAGACCGCUUCCUGAGGAUACAUGACAUCAACACCAAGGAGAUGCUACAUAAGGUUUACCUGAAGUCUAAGUUGAACUGCCUUCUCUUCAGCAGUGCAGACUUCACACAGGAACAGACAGAGACUACAAAGAAACAAAAGAGAAAGCUGGAAUCAAGCAACAUCACAGAAGAGGAUGAGGACGAAUUGUGGGGGAGCAUGUCAGUGGUUCAGGAUAGCAAGAAAGCAGACAAGACCAAGAGAAAAUCUAAAAGCAAGAAACUUAAGAAACUCAAGUAACAAGAGCAAAGACAAUGCAAGACAUUUUAUUCUUUAAUUUUGAUACAACAAAAUAUCACCAUGCCAUUGUGGUCUUAAUCUAAGACCAGUGUUCAAUUUUUUUUAAAACCAGAACUAUUGCUAUAUACACAUCAUAAAUGUCUGUACAGCCUGCAGAAUACAUUAGCAAAAAGUUGCUAAUAUGUUCAGGUGAGCUACAUUCUGUGACAUACCAUCUGAUGUUCAUCACAAUGACAUGUUACCCAUAUCAUCUAUCAAUUAAUUUCAUUAUAAAAAUCAAUCAUGAUUCUUAUAUCAUUACAAACGCCCUUUCUCAGUGAUUAGAAAACAUUGUUCUAACAAUAAAAUAAUAAGAUGCUUAUGAUAUAGUCUGUACUUCUUUAUAUUCUUUGAUUCAGCAAUAUCCUCAACCUUAAACAACAAUAUUGCUAGCCUGUCUAGACAGUACAUUUUUUACGUGCUACACUCUAAAGUUGAUAUCAAAUCUUAAAUCAAUAUGUUUGCAAAAGUGUAUUCUUUUGACUGUUUCUAACAUGAUCAUGUUGCGUCCCUUAUUUACAACAUCUGUGCCAUGUUGGCAUUU